CUAUGGGAACAAAACUGCAUCAUUCCCCAGACCGAGGCUACCAAUAUUUUUCCUUGCAGGACGACUAAAGUACCCGGGGCAAAAACGCCAGAAAAUGGGGAAUUCGGACACCAAAUUGAACUUCAGAAAGGCAGUUAUCCAGUUAACAACCAAGACACAGCCUGUUGAGGCCCAAGAUGAGGCAUUCUGGGACCAGUUCUGGACAGACUCUGUCACCAGCGUACAGGACGUGUUCGCUCUGGUUCCCGCGGCGGAGAUACGAGCACUGAGAGAAGAGUCACCAUCCAACCUGGCCACACUGUGUUACAAGGCUGUGGAGAAACUGGUGAUGGCAGCAGAGUCCUCGUGUGCUACUGCCAAGGAACAACAGACAGUGCUGAACUGUGUGCGCCUGUUGACUCGGAUUCUGCCCUACAUAUUUGAGGACGCUGACUGGCGAGGCUUCUUCUGGUCAACCCUUCCUGGCCAGGCGGAGGAUGGAGGAUCCAUGCCUUUGGCUCAGUCCCUCCUGAAUGCCUUGUCGGAUCUCCUGUUUUGUCCAGACUUCACCGUGGCACCCAACAAGAAAGCUGGGCCUGAGACCCAUGAAGACCUGCAGUCCAUUGACAGUUGUGAGUACAUCUGGGAGUCCGGUGUGGGGUUUGCCCACUCCCCGGCUCAGUACCCACACCACGACCAGAACAGGUCUGAGAUUCUCAAACUCCUGCUCACCUGCUUCUCAGAGACCAUGUACCAGCCUCCAGGUGACCCUUUACCCAACCAGUGGCUGACGUACUUUGCGUCCUCGGAGAACCGUCACGCCCUCCCGCUCUUCACCUCCCUUCUCAACAUCGUGUGUGCCUACGACCCCAUUGGCUACGGCAUGCCGUACAACCACCUCCUGUUCAGCGACUACCGCGAGCCGACGGUAGAAGUGGCGCUGCAGCUGCUGAUCGUGGUGCUGGACCAUGAUAACGGGCAGAGUGCCAUCUCUGUGGACGGGACAACAACAGGCACGGCUAUGGACCAGGGGGCUGAGGGAGAACCACAGAACCUGUUUGUGAAUUACCUGUCUCGGAUACACCGUGAGGAGGACUUCCACUUCAUUCUGAAGGGCAUCACAAAUCUGCUCAACAACCCACUUAUACAGACCUACCUGCCCAACUCCUGCAAAAAGAUCAACUUCCAUCAGGAGAUCCUUGUUCUCUUCUGGAAGCUGUGCGAGUUUAACAAGAAAUUCCUGUUCUAUGUACUGAAGAGCAGUGAUGUACUUGAUGUCAUCGCCCCUAUCUUGUACCACCUCAAUGACUCCAGACAGGACCAGUCUCGUGUGGGCCUGAUGCACAUUGGAGUCUUCAUUCUGCUGCUGCUGAGUGGGGAGAGAAACUUUGGUGUUCGUCUAAACAAGCCGUACACCGUGCGGGUACCCAUGGACAUUCCAGUCUUCACAGGCACUCAUGCCGACUUCCUCAUCAUUGUUUUCCACAAGAUCAUCACCACUGGACACCAGAGGCUCCAGCCACUGUUUGACUGCCUUCUCACCAUCAUUGUCAAUGUGUCUCCAUACCUGAAGAGCCUGUCUAUGGUGGCCAGUACCAAGCUGCUGCACCUGCUGGAGGCCUUCUCCACACCGUGGUUCCUGUUCUCCAACCCUUCCAACCACCACCUGGUCUUCUUCCUGCUGGAGGUCUUCAACAACAUCAUCCAGUACCAGUUUGAUGGGAAUGCCAACCUGGUGUACACCAUCAUCCGGAAGAGAAACGUGUUCCACCAGCUGGCCAACCUUCCGACCGACAGAGCUUCCAUCGAGAAGGCUGUCAGCCGGAAGCGGAAAGGCUCGGAGGCGUCUCAGCGCUCCGUCCCCAACUCUCCUACCGUAGCCGACCCUCCAUCCAUGGAGGGGUCCUUCCCAGCGAAGGAGGCCCAACCAGGAACACUUAAAGCCACACUAGCUGAGAUGCCAGGCAUUGACCGGCUGACGGAGAAAAUGGAGGCAUCGUCUCUGGCUGAGCAGGCGGCAGAAGGAGAGGCGGACACCCCCGGAGCGGCCGGGCCGUCACCCAGCGACACGGAAACCUCCAUCCAGCCUGACCUGCGGGGAGCCGUCAAGAGAACAGCCUCCAUGAGCAGCAGAGAGGGCGGAGAGUGGAGACCCACCUCAGAAUGGGUGCAGUCCUGGAAACAGAAGCUGCCUCUGCAAACCAUCAUGAGGCUGCUGCAGGUGCUGGUGCCGCAGGUGGAGAAAAUCUGCAUUGACAAGGGUCUAACUGAUGAGUCAGAGAUCCUGAAGUUCCUGCAGCAUGGUACCCUGGUGGGACUGCUGCCGGUACCCCACCCCAUCCUCAUCCGCAAGUACCAGGCCAACUCUGGUACCACCAUGUGGUUCCGCACAUACAUGUGGGGCAUCAUCUAUCUCAGAAAUGUGGACCCUCCCAUCUGGUAUGACACGGAUGUGAAGCUGUUUGAGAUCCAGAGAGUGUAGACAGACACAGGAGCUGCCAAACAUGGGAAGGACCUGAGAAACACUCAGCAAAAGGACUCUGUACUGUUAGAAUAGUCUCAGUAGCAAUGGUUUUAAAGUAUUUCAUCAAAAUGGUCUGUGAAAGUAACUUUUGCUUCUUUUCAGGAGCUUCAUAUAUGGAUAUGUACGUCAAGUACAUUUUGUGAAAAAGUAUAUAGGAUAUCCUUAUUCAGAUGUUGGCCAAAACAACUUCACAGCAGAGUUUAAUAAAAGACUUUGAAACCAUAUAUGCUGAUGAAGAUGUUAAAAUCAAUCAAUGUUAAAGACUAAAUUUGUUGUAGUAAAAUACAAGGAAUCCUGCAGAGAAAUCAUAUGAGUAGUGCAUGUCACCCACAUACUUUCUCACAUAUACACAGGCACAUGAGCAUUUGCCAUAGAAAUAUCUUCUGGUAUGUAAUAGAGAUAUGUCCAAACUUGGUGCAUCACUUGAAGACCCUUGCAAUUCAUAUCUCAGAAACUUAGAUUUAACUUGAAUCUGUAGUUCCCUUACAGAAUUAUUUGGCUAGGAAAAGAAUGGUGUAGAAUGGUGGGGAUAGGCAUAUCCUUUUUCAUAAACAACUAAAACAACAGCCCUUUGUAUGGGUGUGCUGAUUAACCAAUGCUGCAUUCUCCCAAAACUCCCGAAAUGAUUGCCUAAAAUGCUUGUUAGCAAUAUAAGGAAAUUCCACUCAGGGGUCCUUCCUAUACUGUAUGUAAAGAAGAAGUUGCUAUGUUCUCUCAAUGUGAUAUUCCAAAAUAAAGUAACUAUAGGGUAAGGUGUUAAGGAUAUAAAAUAUAUUUUGAACUGUGGUACACAUCAGGUGCCAAGUGCCCGUAUCUCAGAAUGUUAUAGGUUGGGUAAGAUGUAAAGAUGUUAUUAUUUAGCAAUGUCUUUGAGUUUGUUUUUGUGUAAGAAUUUUGUAGCUGUCUCCUAAAUGGCUGUUUGUAUCAGUAUGCUGUUAUGUUCUUUUUAGACCUAUACCUUUGUACAUGUGUAUUUGAUUGUGAAAAUAGUGACAUGCUUGAUGAUAUUCUAUUUGAAAUCUAAGGUUCAUAAAUGAGGAGACAAUUUGAAAAACAUGGUGUCAAGAAAAAAAACAUUAAGCUUUCUUUUAGACUCUGACAAAGCCUAUGUAUGGUGUAGUCUGGUGUAUUUUGUUGUAUAGGUGUUAUGUCCAGAGGCAAUGUACAAUGCUAGUAUGCUAUAUGUUACAUUCCCUUAGCAGUGGCAAAUUGAUUGUAAAAGUUUUUUUCAGUGGAAGUUGCAAUGUGUUGAUGUGGGAUUUAGUGUUGUUGUUUUUAAGUGACAGAAAUACUGGGAAAUGGAAGCUAGUCUAAUUGCUGUGCUGAGAAAAGUAUGUCUAAAGAUUGUGUAUCACUAAACAAGGUUGAUUCCAGAAUUGUGCUGACUAUUCUGUGGGCUGAAGGAAGGGAUAUUUCCACACUAGACUGUUUUGUUGUUGUCCUGACCAUUGUUCAUCUGUAUACAACAUUCCAUUGAUGCAAGAGUGAUACAUAUUUGCAAACUUUAGUGCAAUACAAAUUCUUGCCACUUAGGUACAUUUGCCCAUAUUGUAAUUCAUUUGAUUUCAAUGAUGUUUCAUUUAUAUUCUUUGACUGUGAUAGCUGUAACGUUACAUGUAUAUAAGGCUAUAUAUAGAGCCAGAUCUAUAUAUGAGUAAGUGUUUAUUUAUUGCAGUAGAGUGGACAAGGAUAUUGGAAGUUAUAUGGUGUAGGUUAUUAGUCAUGAAAUUAUUAAAAGUGGACCCUAAAUUGCCAAAA